AUGAUUUUGCUUGCAACGGGACUUCAAUUGCAUCAAUGUGCGACACUUGGACCAAAGGGUCACAAUGUGAUCAUUGAGCAGGCGUACGGUGGACCAAAAAUCACCAAGGGUGCGUUGUUUCGUGGUUCUGGGAGAGUGUUUGCUGACGAGGGUUUGGUUUUCGACAGACGGUGUGAAGACAAGUUUGAGAACCUGGGCGCUCGCCUGAUUCAAGAUGUUGCCUCGAAAACAAAUGAAAUUGCUGGAGACGGCACGACAACCGCCACUGUUCUUGCGCGUGCCAUCUACUCAGAAGGUGUCAAGAACGUCGCAGCUGGAUGCAACCCCAUGGACCUGCGCCGUGGAUCCCAGGCUGCCGUCGACCGCGUCGUUUCUUUUCUCUCCGCACACGCCAAAACUAUCACAACAACCGCCGAAAUCGCACAAGUUGCCACUAUCUCUGCAAACGGUGAUGCCCACGUUGGAGGAUUGAUUGCUCAGGCGAUGGAAAAGGUCGGAAAGGAGGGUGUCAUCACUGUGAAGGAGGGAAAGAUGAUUGAGGACGAGAUUGAGAUCACGGAGGGUAUGCGCUUCGACUGUGGUUACAUUUCACCCUACUUCAUCACCAACACCAAGUCCCAACGCGUCGAGUUCGAGAAGCCCUUUAUCCUGCUUUCUGAGAAGAAGAUUUCCGCCCUACAGGAUAUCCUCCCUGCCCUCGAGGCCGCGGCGCAGGCCAGCCGCCCACUGAUCAUCAUUGCAGAGGACGUCGACGGCGAGGCUCUUGCUGCCUGCAUCCUAGGCUUAUUCCCCCCCGAAGGGGGGGCCUUCGUUGCAUUGGGCCUCCUGUUCAGAAAUCCUGAAAUCUGA